UUUCUUUUGAAAGUCAUCUGGUUUCCCAUCUGGUUUUUUUUUUCUGUUAUUGCAGCCCAUAUCUGGAAGUUUAUCUGCUGCCUAUGAGUAUGGCCUGGACAGAAUUUCAUUUCUUUUAAGUGCAUCCACAAUCCUAACCAGAAUUGGUUAGGUAUAGUAGCCACUAUGUAUGUUGGUGUAACACUCUGAAAAUAAACAUGAUGAAGACAGAGUGUUCAGGGGAAAGAUCAACCCUCCGAAGUGCCUCUCCUCACAGAAAUGCUUAUAGGACUGAGUUCCAAGCACUGAAAAGCACCUUUGACAAACCUAAAUCUGAUGGAGAUCAAAAAACAAAAGAAGGAGUGACUUCUCAGCAAAGCAGGGGGAGGAAAUAUGGAUCUAAUGUCAACAGGAUUAAAAAGUUAUUCAUGCAAAUGGGCAUGGAGCCUAGUGAGAAUGCUGGUGGAAUGACAAAGAUCAGAGGUAAAAGUGGCCCACUAUCUCCUCAAAGAAGAAGCAGGCCUAAAGAGUUUGUGGAGAAGGGAGAUGGAUCAGUUGUAAAGUUAGAAUCUUCUGUUUCAGAAAGGAUUAGUAGAUUUGAUGCUAUGCAUGAUGGCCCUUCAUACUCCAAAUUUACUGAAACCAGGAAAUUGUUUGAAAGAAAUAUUCAUGAAACAGGGCCUUCUAAUCGCUACUCCCCAAAGAAAGAGAGACCAGUGUCUACUAAUGAACUUCAAGAUGAAUUGUGUAUCUCUAAGUCUAACAGAGGAAGUACAGAUUCACUGGACAGUUUUAGUUCAAGAACAGAGGCUGUUUCUCCAACAGUGAGUCAACUUAGUGCAGUGUUUGAAAACACAGAUUCACAAAAAAGUGUAACCAUUUUAGAAAAAGCAGAAGACAAUGAAGAGUACUCUGUAACUGGUCACUACCCUCUAAACCUGUCUGCAGUCAACAAAGAUUUGUCUUCCACAGUUGGAAAUCUUGAUGGCUUUAGUCCCAUAAAAGAUGCCAGUGCUUGGUCCCCAUCAAAACAAAAUACCACUUCAGUAUCUGUUGAGAACUCUCUGCAAACCUCUACCAGAGUUAAUGAAACAGUUAAUGAAAAGUCAAAAAGCACUUUGCCUGUUUUAAAAACAAGUGGAGUACAAAUUAAGAGUGCCAGUUACUCUUCUUUUGGCCCCUCUGAAGCACUUAAACAGUCAGUAGAUGGACUUGACAAACAGGAUUUUGGUGAGACCUGUACUAGGAAUAAGGCAGAAACAAAGUCUGAAGUAUCAUCUUUGCAAAAAAAGAUACUGGAUGGAGCUGAGAGUACAGAAAUAUCAGAAAACUCAACAGUUACUGAUGACAUUGCUUUCGACGUAACUUCACAUUUUGUUGAAGAUAGAAAUGUAAGGGAAGUACAAAAAGAACAAAAUGAUUUCCAGAGUUCUCAUGUGUAUAUGCAUGCCGAUUACAAUGUCUACAGGAUACGAUCAAGAUACAGUUCUGACUGGGGGGAGACAGGAACUGAACAGGAUGAUCAAGAGGACAGUGAUGAUAACUGUUGUUAUGAACCUGACAUAGAAUAUUCUGAAGUUAGUGGAUUGCCAGAAGAAGAUGAAAUCCCAGCAAACAGAAAAAUUAAGUUUAGUAGUGCUCCAAUUAAGGUUUUCAACACAUAUUCUAAUGAAGACUAUGACCGGAGAAAUGAUGAAGUUGAUCCAGUAGCUGCAUCAGCUGAGUAUGAACUAGAAAAACGUGUGGAGAAGUUGGAGCUUUUCCCAGUAGACCUUGAAAAAGAUGAAGAUGGACUUGGUAUCAGUAUUAUUGGAAUGGGAGUUGGAGCAGAUGCAGGCCUUGAGAAGCUGGGCAUAUUUGUCAAAACUGUAACAGAAGGUGGGGCUGCAGAAAAAGAUGGCAGGAUCCAGGUAAAUGACCAAAUUGUAGAAGUAGAUGGAAUCAGCCUGGUCGGUGUCACACAAAAUUUUGCUGCGACGGUUCUCAGAAAUACCAAAGGAAGAGUCAGGUUUAUAAUUGGCAGAGAAAAACCAGGACAAGUAAGUGAAGUGGCUCAGUUGAUCAGCCAGACCCUAGAACAGGAGCAGCGCCAGAGAGAGCUUCUGGAGCAGCAUUAUGCACAAUAUGAUGCAGAUGACGAUGAGACAGGGGAAUAUGCUACAGAUGAAGAUGAGGAGGAUAUUGGUCCAGCUUUUCCAGGAGGCAAUAUGGCCAUUGAAGUGUUUGAACUUCCUGAAAAUGAGGACAUGUUUUCUCCAACAGAAUUGGACACUACCAAACUGGCUCACAAAUUCAAAGAGUUGCAAAUCAAGCAUGCAGUUACAGAAGCUGAGAUUCAGAAGCUGAAAACAAAGCUACAGGUUGCUGAAAAUGAGAAAGUAAGGUGGGAGCUGGAAAAGAGCCAACUUCAGCAGAACAUUGAGGAGAACAAGGACAGGAUGAUGAAACUUGAGAGUUAUUGGAUCGAGGCACAAACCCUGUGUCAUACUGUAAAUGAACAUCUGAAGGAAACACAGAACCAGUAUCAGGCCUUGGAGAAGAAAUACAACAAAGCCAAGAAACUGAUUAAGGACUUUCAACAAAAAGAACUUGAGUUUAUCAAGCGGCAUGAAGUUGAAAGGAAAAAAAUUGAAGAUCUGGAGAAAGCUCACUUUCUAGAAGUUCAAAGUUUACAAGCUCGUAUUAGAGAACUGGAAACAGAAGUGUUCAGGCUACUGAAGCAAAAUGGGAGCCAAGUUAACAACAACAACAACAUUUUUGAAAGACAGACAUCUGUUGGAGAAUUCUCAGGAGGAGAUACAGUGGAAAACCUUGAUGGAAAGCAAAUGUCUUGCCUGGAUGCCUUAAGUCAAGAAGGAGCUGUAAAGGGGGUUGAUCCUGAUGAUGUUUUUGAUUUCAAUGAAGCAGUCCCUGAAACAGAAAGAUUGGAUUCUAAAGCUCUGAAAACUCGUUUGCAGCUUUCAGUGAAAAACAAAAGGUCACGACCAACCAGAACAAGACUUUAUGACAGCAUCAGCUCCACAGAUGGAGAAGACAGUCUUGAAAGAAAGCCUCCGUACAGUUAUGGUAGCCCCAUACACAUUACAAAAUCACCUCUGCCCAUGUGUAUGAGAACCUCCUCACCAGCAUCAGAUUCUGGUGCUUCCUCCCUUUCCCCUGUGGCUAGCAGUGCUGCGUUUGCAUUUGACAACGUAAUUGAAAACCAGGAUGAAGAGCAACAAUACACGACUGUUGUGUCUGCCCAUGGAGAUACUCCACUCUCCUCUCCUUCAACAUCCUGUCAAAGUUACGAAACUUCACCUGUGCAUCAUUCAACCAGCAGGAGUAUCUGCCAUGAUGAAGAUGGUGCAACAGGUAUCCAAUCACCAAGAGCAUCCAGCCCUUCUGUAGGGCAUAUAACAGCAAUAAAACAAAUGUUUGUGGACCUGGGGACUCCAUUGAUGAGAAGUUCUAGCAUGAAUAAGAGGCAAAGGGAAAAAGAACCCAUUCGAGUUUCUACUGGCUGCAGGACAACUGAGGAACUGUUGGAAUGUUCAGCAAGUAGACCCUUCUUAAUCAAGUCAUCCUCUCUCCCUCAUAACUCUGUUCCAUUCAUAUGGUAUGGAGAGAGCAGCAGGAAAUCCAAUUCUUCCAGCAACUUGCCUUCACCUUCCAGUUCAACUGAUCCUUCCUCUGAAAAUCUAAGUCCUGCUAAAAAAGGGUCCAAGAACUUUACUUUCAAUGACGACUUCAGUCCCAGCAGCACUAGUUCAGCUGAUCUGAGCGGCUUAGGGACAGAACCCAAAACCCCAGGAUUUUCACAUUCCAUAGUAGUGUCUUCUGAUGAGAUUCUUGAUGAUGGACAAUCUCCCAAGCACAGCCAGUUUCCAAAUCGUGCUGUUCAAGAAUGGAGUGUGCAGCAAGUCUCUAACUGGUUAAAGAGCCUGAAUUUAGAACAUUAUGUUUCUGAAUUCAGUGCCCAGAAUAUAAAUGGAGAACGUCUCCUUCAGCUGGAUGGCAGUAAACUUAAGUCCCUUGGUAUGACAUCUUCCCAGGAGAGAGCUGUGAUUAAAAAGAGAAUUAAAGAAAUGAAAGCAAGUCUAGAGAAAGCUCGCAAAGCUCAAGAGAAAAUGGAAAAGCAAAGGGAAAAACUUAGGAAGAAGGAAAAUGAGCAGUUUCAAAGAAAAUCUAGAAGGCUGGAAAAGCAGUCACCAGAACCAACUGAGGGGGCUAAUGAGCAGUGAGACACCAGAAUGAACUGUGCUUUCUAAGAACAUGAAGACAUCUUCAAGGGAGCAAGAGAGAACACGGUUUUCUUCAUUACAAAAAAAGCUUUGCAUCAAUAUCUGAAGCUUUACAAAAGGGAAACGAAUCCUGUAUUGCUGUAGUUUCCUGCCCCUGCAGAAAUGCUGAUACUUGGGAUGUAUUCGACAAUUCAGACCACGGCUACUUUAUUUUCUGAUGACUCAGCUAGCAAGUCAGGAUGGGAUUGUUACUGAAACUCUCUCACCCCACCGACGCCAGCCUGGCUUGCUUGUCCGCAUUUACAUUGUGCCACCAUCCUAAUCACUUGGACACAGUGUUAUGUAACUUUUACACUAUUAACUUGGUGACCCUGGAAACAGGCCAGGGUUAAAAAGCUUCUGUGGACCUGUAAAGGUGGAUAACCAGAGGUAAACUGUAUAUCAGUUAUUACACAUGGAUAACAACCCACACCGAAAUUUCAAUUUUUUCUUCUGCAGAUGAGCUUCAUUUCACAUCCGUGCUCAGAGAUGAUUCUGCCCCAUCCCAGCACAGUGUGGUUUCAAGAUUUGAAAUGAUAUUGAGGUAACAGGUAGCGGCAGAGUUCAGUCACCUUCCUGCACUUCAGAAGGGAAGGCAGUCCUUCCCUCAUCAGCACCCCAUAUUUUUCCCCAUCCAGGAACUGUAGCUGAAGAUCAAUGGAAGCAAGGCCUUAAUCUGCCAUGUGACACUAGAGAGUAACAUUUACUCCCUGGAUUUUUAAGUAUGGAUUUCUAAAUCUAGGUUGGUUUGUAUUAAAGUACGAUUUUUCAGUGUUCUCCUUGAGGAAGGUAUUUAAUUACACUUCCCUGUAGCAUGCUACCCCUCUCUUUUUUCCCCAACAAAGAAUUCACAUUUUUUGAUCAGCAAGAUGAUCCACCCUUUGGCUUUCCUUAACCCAGAAGUAGAAAUUGAUUAUGCUCCUUGGCAGAGUUGAGGUUUCACCUCCUGAAAGUGACUUUCAAAGUCACCUUCAAAUAAAAUUCUCUUUUAAAAAAGAAGAAGAAGAAAGAAAAUUUGCUAUUUAAAUGGCAGUGUGUGUUUUAAACUUCAAUGUCCUGUAAUAAAAUACUAGGAUAAAAAAGCUAUGUAGCUAUAAAAGUGCAGUCUGGAUUUUUUCCCCUUAAGCAGAAUAAAUAGGAUUGGAAGCUCAGGCUUAAAUGGGUGGGUCAGAAAACAUUGUACUACUUGACUUAAGAAUUCUACUUCUUAAGCAUUGAGGGGAUGAUCCAGCUGAAAGUAAGCUCUUUAAAAUUGUAUUGAUUUCAUUGGAGAGAUUUGACCAUGCACUUAACUCUUCCCUCCUUUAAAAUUAAUAGGACUUUAAAAAUAUUUUUGUUUGAAUUGCAGCUGUUAAUAUUUUACCGAAUAAUGGACCAUAGCCUCAGCUUCUUUUAAUUGAUUAAUUAGUACAGAUAAGAUUCGUUCUAACCAAGUUUAGUGUAGGGUUUUGUUUUUGUUUGUUUUUGCUGGUACUGCAUUAUAUAGAGCUAGGAACUGGAUGUUUUUGGAAGCAGAUAGUUGGCUUUAAAGAAUGAACACUUUAAAAGAAGCUUGAUUAUCAUUAAGCUAGCAUCCAGAUUUUACUUAAGGCUUACCUGGACUUAAUUCUGGACUGCUACAAGAGAAUUUCUUAACUACAGGAGGUCAACUUUCCAUUUCAGUCUCAGUAGCUUUGUUAUGCCUUGCUCUACAUGCUACAUAAAUUUUAUAAUUGUCAGGAUCCUUGUUCCUCUCCAAUCAUACGCAGUAAUUCCAUGUUCAUGUUGCAAUAUUCAAGUUGAAACCUACAGCUAUAAUAACAAAGCUCUGCCAACUUUUGAUAACUUGAAGGUCCUAACACUUCUUUUUGUACCAGAAAGGACCAAGAGUACAAAAGUAAAAACCACAGAAUGUAAGGUACUUGUCCUCUGGGAGACAGAUUGAACAGAAAAAUCUGAGAAUGGUCAAACUCCAUUCUUGGUUUAUUUUAGAGGUUUAAAGGUUCUGUUUGGGCAAAAGAAUGGUAUCUGAAAGAAAUCUAGCAACGUAUUCUUUUAACUGUGAAGUUAGUUACAGCAUUAAAUGCACUUCUUCUGUUUUAGUUAUGUUUACAGGCUGGUAAUUUAAGAUGGAUGUAUAUAUCAGUAUGGGCAUGUUCCUCUCCUUUAUAUAAUUUAUAUUCUUUACUUUGUAUUUCUAAGAUUCUAUAGUUCUAAGGACUAUAUAUUGCUCUGUAGAACCAUUUUGCAUUCCUGCUGUGUAAAUUGUGUAAUGUUGCAGAUAACUAAAUUGAUAUAUGUUCUGUACUUAUCCCCUUAUUUCGUUUUCUGUUUUGUGGUAAUUUUAGAACUGAGCAUUGAAUUUUAACCGUUUUAAAAAAAAUAAAAAUAACCUUUAUACUUAAGAACAUCCAGUAGGAUAAAUAACAGAUACAGAAUGGACCAAACAAAACCUUGGUCCUUGCUGGUGAGAACCAAAUUAUAUUUUAUUUGCUGCUGUUCUUUUUUUUUAUCUCCACUUCCCUCCAAGUGUUUGUGAGAGUGCUUCUAAUCUCUCUCCACUUAUCAUUUUUUUUUAACAAGAAUUGCCAUAGGAAAAGUGAACCUGGUUUUUCACAUCUGCCUAACAACUACACUUUUCUCCUUCACAAGCACAAAUGGUGGUAGAGUGCACUUCUUUAGCUCUUGUUAGACAACCAUUAAAGGAAACCCAAUUACUUUAGAUAUUGGCAAUCUAUAGUGGUUAGAUGUCUGGCUCUUUGAAGAAACCAGGUUCACAACUAGGUGGAGGCAUAACUGAAAGGCAGGGCUGAUUCAUGGAUUGAAUUCCUAUAUUAAACAGGAAAAGGGCUACCACUUCAGACUGUAAGCAUUCAAUGGCCAUUAGAUUGCAGGAAAGAGUGUUUUAAUAUAUCUUUGCUGUCAUCUAGUGAUUGUCUGAAUUAUUGCAGACCCAUAGCUUUUCACAGGAAGAAGUCUUUCUUUCUUCCCUUGUUGGCUCAGAGACUGCAAAUCCUGAAAUGUUCAGAAACAGAUCAAGUACAUAUAGACAGCACUGACUGCCAGACUGUAUCCAAAUUACUAGAAGAAUAGUAACUGAAGAUCUCCUGAAAGAAGAUUAGCAAUCCCUGCCCCAAAGUACGAGGUCCUUCUCCAUCUCUUCCCUUACACAGGAUCCAUCCAAACUGUGAUGAUUCAACAGCUGCUUACCUUCACUGCUUAAAGGAGCACUCGUGUGUUUUGGUUGCAGAGUGAACCUUCACAAGGCUCCCAUUUACCUGUAAAGAAAAACCCUUAAUGGUACAGCCCUGACUAAAGUUACCCACUGGGAAUGGGGCUAGGGAAACCUAAAAGACAUGUAAGAGCUUACCAAAGCCUAUGGGCGGUCCAGCUAAAGUAGCUGGAGAGAGCGUUGCUUGCAAAAUAACCCUACAUAUUGGUACUUUUAGAUGGGCCUUUCCCUCUUUGGAGUAUAAGCUUUGUUGCUUUGCACCUAUGUUGUGUCCUUCCUGAACUAAGGCAGAAAUGGUUGAGAAAUAAAAGUUUUCCUGCUGCUGCUGUUCUUUCAUUGUGCUAGUCUCACAUGUUAGUUAAAAUAGUCACAAAACUAAAAAUCCAAAGAGACCCCUUGAAUCACUAUUUAACUUCUUUAACAUAACUUUUUGUUUAAAGGUGUUGUUUGACAUUUUGCAGUUAUUCAACUUAAAGGGUAGAAGAGAACUCUUUAGCAAUGGUAUGUCAUUUACAAGGUAACAGUUGGCCUCUCUUCUACUGCCUCACAUUUGCACUUCUAAAACCUUGGCUGAUUGACUGAAAUUGGUCCUUUGCCUAAAAAUGAUUUGUCAGAGCACUUGCUAUACUACUGACCACUGAGUCAAUACAGCAGUUUCCAGGGUGUUGUCAAGCAGGCAUCUGAGUGAGGAAUAGUUUUGCAUAGCUGGCAGCCAGGCAUUUUGAUGCAGGAAUGUAGCUUCUUUGCCAAUGGCCAAUCCAGGAAAUGAGACUUCUUAAGGGAAGGCGCUUACUUGUUUAUAUACCUUUACACAAUAUAUUGAAUUUUGGGAGAGUCCGCUCUGUGUGUGUAGACUUAUACAACCCACCAAAUCACAAGGGUUGCUUUUAGCCAUGUUGCACAGAAGAAAUCUAGGCAUGCCCUGUCCUGUGCAUUAGUGAGUGAAACUGCCUUUCAAGAAUUUAAUGUGGGAUCUGAGAUUUUAAGGAAAAUGCUCUCCUAAAGUUACAUUUAUGAAUGUUUCCUCUGGAUAUCUUUAACAACAUUAUGGUGGAAUUUUUUUGGUUGGAUCAGUGUAAUGCAACUAAAAAGAAACCAUUGUUUUCGUAUUUUGUAAAUUGUAUGCUUGAAAUCUGUUGGAAAUUUUAAGCAGUUUUUUACUGAGCCAUAUUGUGAUUUCACAAAUGACUUGUCCAACCAAUAUCUAUAUUGCUAAAUCAUACAUAGUUAAUGUUUUUUCUUGAUUUUAUUGUAUUCCUCUGACAUUGGAACAAUAUCCAUUUGGAAAUCUGAUGCAGCCCUGAGCUGUCCAACAUUGUCUUGGACAUAAGAGAGAUUCUUUUACUGGAAAAGACUUGUGGGUGUCAGUUACAAAGUGCAUGUAUCUUAUUAGCCGUUGAACUUUAUUAUUAUUUUUUUUAGUGAUAGCGGCUGCUUCUUUCAUCUGGACUUUUAGAAAAGAAACUCCACCAAACACUAUUAUGCAAUAACCAGGUCUUUCGAUAAAUUUGCUAUCCUUAUUGUUUAUAUGUUGCUAUGAGGGUAACACUGGAAGAUCCAAGUGAUGUGGGAGGCAACAGUAAUAUAUGUCUUCCUCAUGGUAAAAUCUCCCAUUCCAGCACCUGGGGCAGUCACUUUAGAAAGGCGUCAAAAUACGUUCUCAUAAUUUGUUCAUAUCCUUAUGAUGUUAUCUUCAUAAUGCAGUGACUCUCAAGAAAUAAAAGAAUUAAGAAAAAGUAACUCUUACAGAAUCUAGUGAAAUUAUGAUAUUGUUGGGUGGAGGUGCUGUUGAGUUAUCAAUUUUUAAUUUCAGAAGGUCAAGGCAGCUCAGAGUGGUUAGUUUUGGAUGGAGUUUUGCUACUCAGGGCUAGGAUAACUCAAGACUUUAAGCUGAUCCCCUCCCCUCAACAAAAGACAAAAACAGUUGAAAUGAAAAGGAAGGAAACUAAACACACAGAAAUUCUCACAAAUAGAAAUAUUUUUCUCACUGUUUCACAUUUUAGUUCCUGUUUUUGUAAAUCCAUAUUCCAGAACAAAAUACGUUCCUAAAUUCGAGCAGCUGAAAUGCAAAUCCUCUCUGCCCUGUGCCCCACUGCUUUAAACAUUGGUUUGUUGGUCAAAAGGGAAUGAAUGGCAGCACUAUGUUUGGAAGUUUUAAUGUAUUAAUUGCAUGUAAUCCUGAUACUUAAUUUUGUACAUCUAGGUGUCAAAUCAUCUGCAUGAAAGAUGCUGCAGUGCUAUGCUAGUACUUUCUCAAUUUUUUGUUAAAUAACUUCCCAGGAAAAUGUUCUCUCUACAUUUAGUUACUUGGAGGUAUUAAAAUAAAGAAGAACAAAAAAAAAGGCGGUUGCCCUUUGUAUUCUUACAGAUUUUUAAAGUUUGUGAUUGAUUUGUUAAUGUAUAUAACUUUAUUGCCAAUGACUAUUGUUAGACAAUGAAUGCAAUAAAAGAAUACUGAAACUCA